AUGACUCGAAAUCUUCUGACCGCUGUCGCGGUCCUGGCCCAGCUCGCCGCCUGUCAACAGAUUGGAUCAAUUCCCGAAGUUCACCCGAAGCUGCAAACAUGGAAAUGCAGCACUACAGGAGGUUGUGUGAAACAUGACACUUCAGUGGUCUUGGACGCUUUAUCGCACCCACUUCAUCAAGUCGGAAACAGCAGUGUCUCGUGCGGAGACUGGAGCACUGGGUUGAAUCCAACACUUUGCGCAACUGAAGAGUCAUGCGCCAAAAACUGCGAGCUAGACGGAGUCGACUACGCCGCUCACGGGGUGAGUACUAAAGGCAGCAGUUUGAUUCUCCACCAAUACAUGAAAUCCGACGGCGCUUUGUCCUCCGUAUCGCCGCGAGUGUAUUUGCUCGACGAGAGUGGGAAAAAUUAUGAUAUGCUAAAACUUUUAAACCAAGAGCUGAGCUUCGAUGUGGACGUUUCCUCCCUUGUGUGUGGAAUGAACGGUGCCCUUUAUCUGUCAGAAAUGGUUCAAUCUGGAGGUCUGAGCAAGCUCAACCCAGCGGGUGCGCAGUAUGGCACGGGGUAUUGUGACGCACAGUGUUUUACGACGCCCUGGAUCAAUGGGGUGGCCAAUGUCGAUUCUUCCGGUGCUUGCUGCAACGAGAUGGAUCUCUGGGAAGCCAAUGCUCGUUCUACUGGAUACACACCGCACGCCUGUAAUAUCACUGGCCUCUAUGAAUGCACUGGUGAUGAAUGUGGCAGCAGUGGUGUCUGCGACAAGUCUGGUUGCGGGUAUAAUGCAUACGCGCUUGGUGCCCACGAUUAUUAUGGAUAUCGGAAAGAAGUCGACACCACAAAACGCUUUACUGUCGUGACGCAAUUUGUGACCGACGACAAUACUGCUCAAGGAACACUAUCGCAGAUUCGACGAUUGUAUGUCCAAAACGAGAAAGUGAUCCAGAACGCUGUCGUCGACGUCUCCGGCAGCGAGAUCAACUCUAUUACCGAUGGAUACUGUUCAGAAACUGCUAGCUAUUUCCAGCAAAAGGGCGGUCUCAAGCAAAUGGGCAAAGCAAUUGGUCGCGGAAUGGUUCUGAUCUUCAGUAUCUGGAAUGACUCGGGUGCUUUUAUGAACUGGUUGGAUAGUGGGAGUGCCGGACCGUGCAACAGCACUGAAGGUAAUCCUGCGCUUAUCGAGGCGCAGCAUCCUGAGACAUCGGUGACUUUUUCGAACAUCAGGUGGGGAGAUAUUGGAUCUACCUAUUCGUAUUGA